AUGGCUUUGCCUGCCUGGUGCGUCCUGCUGGCUGCCUGCUGCUGCGGCUGCUCUCGCCUCCUGCCCGCCGCCCUGGCUACGGGCGCCGCGGCAGCAGCGGCGGCGGCGGCGGCAGCGGGCGGCGGGGCAGCCUCCGGGCCGGCCGAAGGGGGGGACGGCGACCCUGCCAAGGAGAUGGAGUGCAAGCUCAAGAGCAUCACGGUGUCGGCGCUGCCCUUCCUGCGGGAGAACGACCUGAGCAUCAUGCACAGCCCCUCGGCCUCCGAGCCCAAGCUCCUCUUCUCCGUGCGCAACGACUUCCCCGGCGAGAUGGUGGUGGUCGACGACCUGGAGAACACCGAGCUGCCCUACUUCGUGUUGGAGAUUUCAGGUAACACAGAAGACAUCCCAUUGGUGCGUUGGAGACAGCAGUGGUUGGAAAAUGGCACCUUGCUCUUCCAUAUUCACCACCAAGAUGGCACCCCCAACCUUCCUGGUUUGGAACCUACAGAAGAACCUCAGAGUGAGUCAGCAGAAGAAGAGCUAAGGAUCCUUCAUAUCUCUGUAAUGGGGGGCAUGAUAGCCUUGCUGCUUUCCAUCCUGUGCCUGGUGAUGAUCCUCUACACCCGUCGGCGUUGGUGCAAGCGCCGCCGGGUGCCGCAGCCCCAGAAGAGUGCCAGUGCAGAGGCGGCCAACGAGAUCCACUACAUUCCCUCUGUGCUCAUCGGGGGCCACGGCCGGGAGAGCCUGCGGAAUGCCCGGGUGCAAGGCCACAACUCCAGUGGGACCCUCAGCAUCCGGGAGACCCCUAUUUUAGAUGGCUAUGAAUAUGACAUCACCGACUUGCGUCAUCACCUGCAGCGGGAAUGCAUGAAUGGUGGGGAGGACUUUGCUAGCCAGGUCACCAGAACCCUGGACUCCCUGCAAGGCUGCAAUGAGAAGUCGAGCAUGGAUCUCACACCAGUUUUUGCCUUAAAUUCUUCCUGUUCAGGAAGUGACAAUGCCAAGCUGUCCUUGAUGAACAAGUACAAGGAUAAUAUCAUCGCCACCAGCCCUGUGGACUCCAACCAUCAACAGGCUACGCUGCUCUCUCACACCUCUAGUAGCCAGCGCAAGCGGAUCAAUAACAAGUCAAGAGCUGGCUCUGCGUUUCUAAACCCUGAAGGAGAUUCUGGGACUGAAGCAGACAAUGACCCUCAGUUGACCUUUUACACAGACCCGUCACGGAGCAGGAGGCGAAGUCGGGUUGGCUCACCGAGGAGUCCAGUUAGCAAGACCACCCUGACCCUCAUUAGCAUCACUAGCUGUGUCAUUGGCCUGGUAUGCGCUUCCCACGUGAACUGCCCGCUGGUGGUCAAGAUAACAUUGCAUGUUCCAGAGCACUUGAUUGCUGAUGGCAGUCGAUUUAUCCUGCUGGAGGGAAGUCAGUUGGAUGCCAGCGACUGGCUGAACCCUGCCCAGGUGGUCCUUUUCUCCCAGCAAAACUCCAGCGGCCCCUGGGCCUUGGACCUGUGCGCCCGACGGCUUCUUGACCCCUGCGAACAUGAGUGUGACCCUGAAACCGGCGAGUGCCUGUGCUAUGAAGGUUACAUGAAGGACCCGGUGCACAAACACCUCUGCAUCAGGAAUGAGUGGGGCACAAACCAAGGGCCAUGGCCAUAUACCAUAUUUCAGCGUGGAUUUGAUUUGGUGUUGGGCGAACAACCUUCUGACAAGAUUUUCAGAUUUACGUACACACUUGGAGAAGGGAUGUGGCUACCCCUGAGCAAGAGCUUUGUGAUCCCACCUGCUGAACUGGCAAUCAACCCCUCAGCAAAGUGCAAGACAGACAUGACUGUGAUGGAAGAUGCUGUGGAAGUCAGGGAAGAACUGAUGACUUCCUCCUCCUUUGACAGCCUGGAGGUUCUUCUGGAUUCAUUUGGACCUGUUCGGGAUUGCACCAAGGACAACGGAGGCUGCAGUAAAAAUUUCCGCUGCAUUGCAGACAGGAAACUGGAUUCUACUGGUUGCAUGUGCCCCACCAGUCUCAGUCCCAUGAAAGACGGCACAGGCUGCUAUGAUCGCCACAUCGGUGUGGACUGCUCUGAUGGAUUCAAUGGUGGCUGCGAGCAACUCUGCCUGCAGCAGAUGGUGCCUCUCCCCGAAGACGCGACUCUGUAUAAUAUUCUGAUGUUCUGUGGGUGCAUCGAGGAUUACAAACUUGGUGUGGAUGGCCGAUCGUGCCAGUUAAUCUCCGAGUCUUGUCCAGAGGGCGGGGAUUGCGAUGAGAGCCGAGAGCAGCCGAUGAACCAAACUCUCUUCGGGGAGAUGUUUUACGGUUACAACAAUCAAACCCAUGAGGUGGCACCUGGGCAGGUGCUGAAAGGGACAUUCAGGCAGAAUAACUUUGCCCGUGGUUUGGAGCAGCAGCUUCCAGAUGGGCUAGUGUUGGCCACUGUCCCGCUUGAGAACCAGUGUCAAGAAGAACUUUCGGAGCCCACUCCUGACCCAGAUUUCUUAACCGGGAUGGUGAACUUCAGUGAGGUGUCUGGGUAUCCUCUACUGCAACACUGGAAGGUGCGCUCCGUCAUGUACCACGUCAGGCUCAGCCAGCUGACUAUCUCCCAGUCUUUUGGCAAUGCUCUCCAUUCUCUGGAUGGAGCCACAUCUCGAGGAGAUUUUGUGGCUCUGCUGGACCAGUUUGGGAACCACUACAUCCAGGAAGCAGUCUACGGCUUUGAGGAGUCCUGCUCCAUCUGGUAUCCCAACAAGCAGGUCCAAAGGCAGCUCUGGCUGGAAUAUGAAGAUAUCAGCAAAGGUAAUUCCCCCUCGGAUGAGUCUGAGGAGCGCGACAGAGACCCCCGGGUCCUCACUUUCCCCGAAUACAUUGCCAGCCUGUCUGAAUCAGGCACCAAACGCAUGGCAGCCGGCGUGCGCAUGGAGUGCCAAAGCAGGGGCCGCUGCCCUUCCUCCUGCCCCUUGUGCCAUGUGACCUCUAGCCCCGAUUCUCCCACUGAGCCCAUCCUCCUGGAGGUCACCAAAGCAGCACCCAUCUAUGAGCUGGUCACCAACAAUCAGACCCAGAGGCUCUUGCAAGAGGCUACCAUGAGUUCCCUGUGGUGCUCGGGCAGUGGGGAUGUUAUCGAGGACUGGUGUCGGUGCGACUCAAGUGCCUUCGGUGCUGACGGCCUCCCGGCCUGUGCACCCCUCCCACACCCCGUGCUGAGGUUGUCCACCGUUCAUGAGCCCAGCAGCUCACUGGUGGUGCUGGAGUGGGAGCAUUCGGAGCCCCCCAUUGGGGUGCAGAUUGUUGAUUACCUCAUUCGCCAGGAGAAAGUCACUGACCGCUUGGACCAUUCCAAGGUGGAAACUGAGACAGUGCUGAGCUUUGUGGAUGACAUCAUCUCUGGGGCCAAGUCACCCUGUGCAAUGCCAGCCCAGGUGCCCGACAAGCUCUCCAUGACCAUCUCCUUGAUCAUCCGCUGCUUGGAGCCAGACACCACCUACAUGUUCACACUUUGGGGUGUAGACAACACAGGCAGACGUUCCCGCUCAAGUGACGUGACAGUGAAGACCCCUUGUCCAGUGGUGGAUGAUGUGAAGGCCCAAGAAAUUGCAGACAAGAUCUACAACCUCUUCAACGGCUACACUAGCGGGAAGGAACAGCAAACUGCCUACAACACACUGCUGGACCUGGGCUCUCCGAGUCUCCACCGAGUCCUUUAUCACUACAACCAGCACUAUGAGAGCUUUGGGGAGUUCACCUGGCGAUGUGAGGAUGAACUUGGACCCAGAAAAGCCGGCCUCAUCCUCUCUCAGCUCGGAGACCUCAGCACCUGGUGUCAUGGCCUCUUGCAGGAGCCCAAGAUCGGCCUCCACCGCACCUCUCUCAAAUUCCUCGCCUGCCGCUACAGUGAGAUCAAGCCGUACGGGUUCAGCUGGUCAGAGCUGAGUCGGGACCUCAGGAAGACGUGCGAGGAGCAGACCCUGAGUGUCCUCUACAACGACUAUGGGGACAAGGACAACUGAGAGGGCUUGCAAAAGGAAGGAAGGAAGCCCCAGGGAUUUCCUCAGAAUUGGGGGAGGGAGUUUGUAGGUGUGGGUGGGGUGGGGUUUUGUACAUGGAUCUUUGGGGCCUCCUCUUCAA